GUAGGGAUAUGGUCGGUAAUUAGAUAAUUGGGCAAUGUCAAAAUUAAAAUUAAUAAUGGAAAAUGAAUCCAUCAAAGUUAUCAAAUGUUUCCUAUAAAAAUCGGCUCAGAAUUCCUCCUACUCACGUCUUAGCUGCAGUCGUGUCGACCAAGCCAUCAAGAUGAUGAAAGUCAUAAUCCUCGCUUUGGCGUGUCUGUAUCUGGCGGCCGCCUCAAAGAAAAUGGUGCCAAUCGUGAAACCCAUGUGUCUUCAAAAACGUCAAACCCGUUGUCGUUGGAUUUAGAUAUGGAGGUUAUGGCGGCUAUGGCGGCUAGGGCGGAGGCUUUGGCGGCGGCUUUGGCGGCUUUGGCGGCUUUGGCGGCAUUGGCGGAGGCUAUUUUGGAGGCUAUGGCGGAGGCUAUGGUGGAGGCUAUGGCGGCUAUGGCGGAGGCUAUGGUGGAGGCUACGGCGGAGGCUACGGCGGCGGUCAAGGUGGCGGAGGCGGAUUCGGAGGCUGGGGCGGCUCCGGAGGCGGAGGCGGCUCCGGAGGCGGAUCCGGAGGCUGGGGCGGCUCCGGAGGCGGAUCCGGAGGCUGGGGCGGCUCCGGAGGCUGGGGAGGUUCUUCAUACGGAUACCACUAGAUCUAAGUUGUGACGACGCUAAACGGAUAAUUUGGACUGACCUGGACACUAGAAACAUGACUGUGUGUUAAUCUGAGUUCUGUUACCACAGUUUGAAAUAAACAUUAGCAUUUUAAA